GUUGGAGGCAGGACAAGGGAGCCACCCUGGCUGGACCAGUCGCAGCAGAGUCUCUCCAACUCGACUUGCACUGGUUGCGCAAAGUUUCGAAAAGUAGGCACGCAUGGCUUCCGCCUGUCGCGUCGUUCAAGUUCGUUGCUGCGCCCCUGCUGCACAGGGGCCUCACCGGCAAGACAACCAGGAGCAUGCAAUCAUUGUUGCUCCCAAGGCCAGGAACGUGGGGCGUCCGAUGUGGUCUGGAAGUCUGCUCAAGGGGGAGCGAGCCACCGAGUCUUGGAUCCCUGAGGGAAAGACUAUGGACCGGGAAGAGCUUGAACAUUGGGCCGAGACGGACCGCCAAUGGGCCAUGUGGCGCGAGCAAGCCGAGUCUAUCAGUAUGGAGGAACGGAAGGCGCGAUACAUGCGUCGUGGACGCUCUCAAGCGUGGAUCGAAGCCUGGGAAGCGGUCGAGAAGGAAAGAAGCAGACAACGUGGCAAUGGCUCCGACCUUCAAAACAGUCAAGACACAUGAGGGACGGCGUUUAGAAGAUGCGUUUGUGGUGGAUGCGGGAUUCCUUAAAGCGUACUUCGACUACAAUGAUGCUGAUCACAAAGUCAUCGAUGAGAUCAUGGAAGCAGUCCUUAUCCCUGAGGGGUACCCAUUGGUUCUUCCGUCACUUUGUCUUCCGGAGGUAACUCAUCUACUGGUGAAAGAUAGUGGAACGGAGAUUGAAGUUGUGUGUCUUGAAGAAGGGGUCUUGAAAGGGCUGUUCAUCGUCGACGUAUGGGAACCGUCGUUCCUGCCACGAGCCCUAGAGUUAGUGAAGAAGUAUUCAGAUUUCCCUUUGGGUCUCGUGGACGCGUCAGUCAUUGAGGUGGCAGAGCGUUUGAAUACUAGUCAACUAGCAACCUUAGACAAGCGCCACAUGACAAAAGUCCGCCCAAAGCACUGUACAUAUUUUGACAUCGUUCCUGAGUUAAAAGAUCAGAUCAGAAGUAAACCGAUUCUAGUUGUUCGGACAAGCGCUUACAUUACUGGCAUGCAAGAUGGUUUGUCUCCAUCAAGUCAAUUGUUUGGAGGUUGUUUGUAUUUAUACUUUGGUACUCGUGUAAAACGAUCAGAUG